AAUCUCAAGAGGGGCGUUAAUAACAAAGGAUCACGGACAGAAGGACAACUAAUAAAACAAUAAUUCCUCAUGGAUCAAGGGUGCCGGAAAAGAGUAUUAUGGAUCCUUGCUGAAGGAUCCCGCAUUGUACAUAAACGAGGAUCGCAGCUCAACAGACAUACAUAUACAACUAAACAGAUACAUAUUCAUCAGCCUAGUGGCAACAAUUAUAUACAUAACGAUAGAUGGAUAACGAUAGCGAUAGCAGUAGAGAGACUACUUAGCCUGAUCGGCCUGAAAUGGACCUUAUUCUUCUUGCGCACCAUUCACUGAUGUUUUUUCUGAGCUAACAACGGUACUCGUACUCUAAAUUUAAAUUGUAAACAGCAGCAAGCAUAUACAUACAAUUUAAUUUUUUUUUAAUAGUCCUAAGACCAACGUACCCGAAUGCACGAGGUAUGUGAAAAACCGUGAACAGAACCGGUUGACUUGUUAUUGUCCUAUUUUUUUUUCUUUUUCUUAUUUUUUUACCAUCAAACAAGCAACCAAAUUGCAAAACACACCAAUAUAUACAUUAUAAUUCAGUGUUCUCGCUCUUCGAUGAUUUGUAAUGAAUCUCAAUUUGUAAUUGUCCCUCCAUGCGCAAAACUGCCUUUUGAAUUUGUAGAUGUCAGAGCCAAGAACGUGAGAAACAAAAGAAUACAAACAAACAAAACAGCCAAAAACAAGCGAAGUAGAAUUAGCAGGAACCAAUCGAGAAAUUAAGCAAAUAUUUUGUAAAGGAUUUUUAAGCCUAGUGCAGGACGACCAUCAACCAAGCAUCCCCAUUUACAUCUAGAUAUUUACAGAUACCCCCCAAUUCGUAUGGUUUCCGCUUCAACUCGAGCAGCGAUUUUAUGGUCGACGUAUUUAAUUUUUAAACGCGUUUAAGCCUGUGCAAAGGCUAGAUGUAUACAAAAAUUUCAUUCACCAGAGCUUCAGCAGAAUUAUAACAUACAUAUAUACUUUUUACGUUAGAUAAACACUCUACCCAAUUAAUUAUUGCCCACUUUUUUACACUGCCCCACAGAAGCAUAUGCAUUCAUAUAGUUAUAUAGAAAGGGUAUACAUGUAUUCGGAUUCGAUAUUUAACAAAAUUAUAUACACCAAAUUAACGAUAUAACAGUGUUUAUGGUAACAGCUCAUUUUUUUCCUAACUGUAAAGAUUUGAUAUUACAAAUUUAUAUGCGCCGAAGAGCAACGAAAACUGAAUCUAAGCGGGAGAAUCGAGCAUCUCAUUGGGAAAGAAUCGAAUAUCGAAGGCUUGCAAGUGGAUAUAAACUAUAUAGGCGAAUGUAUCACAUCACACUCCAGUGAAAUGAAAUAUAUAUAAAGGGAAAUUAACGAUUAAAACUAAACCAAAAAUGCACCGGCGUUUUUACUGUUUCGGGUUCUUGGGUAUUGUAGCAUAUGUAUAUAUAUAUCGCACAGUUGUCUUUUUUUAAACAAUGUAAAUUGAUUUAUUUGCCUUAAUUUUAUACAUAUAAAUUGCCUAAAACUGUUAUCGUUUCUUUUCUUUUCGUUUUCCUUGCUAUGUUUUUGCAGUUUGUAUCAAUCAUCCCCGCCGGAUUCGCUAUGCAGGCUGAAUUUAUCGGCACAGCGGUUCCAUCUACGAUCUAGACAUUUAUACACACACACACGGAUCGGAGUUUAUAAUUUACAGAUUUGGGUCGUCGUCGCCCGACUUGGCUCAAAGGUCGGCUAAAUUAAACUCGAUUCGUAAUCAAAUAUGCAGAAAACCUGCGUAAACUAAGGGAGCGUAAAGCGAAAUGAAAUGGGCCAGGGGCCGGGAAUUAAUAGUAAAUGGAAUCCGAGACCGUAAAUAACACAAAGUUACAUGUCCAUGAGGAGCGAAGCGGGAAGAGCAGCGCACACCGGCAGCCACUAGGAAAAGUCAGCGAGAAGUCCUCACCGCCCACAGCAACGUUUCGGUUUCCAAUACCAUACCGCCUGUGCCUGUGCCGUGGUGGAAAAGCCAGCCGGGAAAACAGCCGCAGCCAUGAGUGAGCCCGAGCCGCAGGAGCUGGGCGCCGAGGUGGUCAGCGGAUCGGUGGCGACCAGCGACGAUGGCCAGGAGAUGACCAAGGCCAAGUACACGAACCUGUGCCGCGAGCUCAACAUGGACCGCCAGACGGAGCUGCAGGGCUACCAAAUGUACCAUGAGGUGUCCCAGAGGUGCUCCUUGGAGGGCGAGUCAAUUCACUGGCUGUGUUGUGCCUUGUACGCCGCCUGCCGAAGGUCCAGCACGCCCACAGUGAUUGGCCAGGACGCGGUAGUCAGGGGCAACUGCGUAUCCUUGAAUAAUUUGCUGCGCUGCUGCCAGAUGAGCAUAUAUGACUUCAAGACAAAGAUCAAGCAGUGGUGCGACAUGGCCAACCUGCCACAGGAGUUUGUCAAUGAGAUCGAGGUCCUGGACCGCAAGUUCAGCAUCACAUUCACCCUGUACAAGCGUUUCCGCACCAUUUUCGACAAGAUAUUUUCGUGUCCGCCCAACGAAAAGAAACACUCGAAGUACAUCUCUCUGCAUGGUAACCAUGCCCAUGGCAAGUGCUCAUAUAUAAAGCUGGACGACAUCUGCUGGCGCUUGUUUCUCUGCGCAAAGAACCAGAAGCCUAGCAACACCGUGGACCUGGUUACCUCCUUUAACCUAAUGAUCUGCUGCAUCGAUGUGAUAUACAACAACGUGCUGGCCGAGAAGCGCACCGAUCUCAUCAACCAAAAGUUCGAGGGUCUGCCGAGCAACUGGAUGGAGCUGGACUUUCGUCACAAGCCGCACUGCAUUUUGGCUUACUUCUGUGACAUGACUGAAGAGGCAAAGGCCAUGAAGGCCACCACCUUCCGGCAGAUCAUGUCGAGCUUUUUUCAGACUUCGACCAUCUACGGCAGUAAGGACACAAUGCUGGGCCUGCUGGCCAACGAGAACUUCGAACGAAACCUCAAGUCUCUCAACAUUAGCUAUGAGCAAUACGUCCUGAGUGUGGGCGAGUUCGACGAGCGCAUCCUAAGUGCCUAUGAUGCUGGAGACCACACCGGCCUCAGCGACCAGUCCCUGCGUCCGCCAGUCACCCCGCUCACCCGCAAGCAAGACUUGCCUGCUCAGCCGUUGAUGGCUGGCGACAAAUUCGAGCCAGUCCGCAACGCCACUAACAACGUAAAGCAGCUAAGCGCCUUCGGACGGAUUACCGAACCCACGGACUUCGUCAAGCAAGCUGGCGAAGAGGUGAUAGCCAAGCUGCUAAACAUCAUAGAAGAGAUUAAGCAGAAAUUUCUCGCCAAGUAUCCGUCUACGGAGGCAAGGAGCCGUUUCCGACUGGCUAAGUCCUUCUACUUCUACCUGCUCGAUCAGAUCCUGCAGGCGGAAAUCCGAAACAAGCCCGACAUCGAUCUCAAGCGAUUGCUAGUACAGAAGAUUUCGUUGGACAUCUUUAACAUCACGCUGAUGGCCUGCUGCGUGGAGCUGGUGCUGGAGGCCUACGAGACGGAGCUCAAGUUUCCGUGGGUGCUCGACUGUUUCAGUAUUAGUGCGUUCGAGUUCCAGAAGAUUAUCGAGAUCGUGGUGCGACAUGGCUCGCACGAGGGCUGUCUGAACCGUUCGUUGAUUAAGCAUCUUAACUCCAUCGAGGAGACGUGUCUGGAGCGGCUGGCCUGGGCGCGGGACUCGACAGUCUGGGAUAUGAUCGCCUCCGCCCCGCCUCCGCUGCCCACGUCGCUCGUGGUCAACCGCGACCGCUCCGCCGGCGCUUUGCAGAUUUUCCUGCGCAAGGUGUACCUGCUUGGCUGGCUACGCAUUCAAAAACUUUGCUCGGAACUGGAACUCUGCGAUAAGACGCCUGAGUGCAUCUGGCACAUCUUCGAGCACUCUAUUACCCACAAGACGGACUUGAUGAAGGACCGCCACCUCGAUCAAAAUAUCAUGUGUGCAAUAUAUAUCUACAUUAGAGUAAAGCGUAUGGAGGACCCCAAGUUCAGUGACAUUAUGCGGGCAUAUCGCAACCAGCCGCAGGCGGUAAACAGCGUCUACCGCGAGGUGUUUAUUGAAUUCAACGAUGACGGCGAACCAAAGGUGAAGGACAUCAUUCAGUUCUAUAACAACAUAUAUGUGCCGAAGAUCCGACAAUUCGCCAUCGAAUACCUGAACGUAACACCGGACGUGAGUGGCCGGACCUCGGACCUGCUGCUCUCCCCGCACCCGAAGGAACGGGCCGCCCAGCCCAAGAAGGUUACCCAGAACCACUCUCUCUUCGUGUCGCAGAUGCCUAAGAACGAGAUCCAGCAGUCGCCCAACCAAAUGGUCUACAGGUUCUACCACAGUCCCGCUAAGGACCUCCAGCUAAUGAACGAAAAGGUACGCGGGGGCAAGCGCAUGCUCAGCUUCGGGGACGAGCCCGGAUUGGGUGGUAUUACGGAGACGAAGCGCCUGGUGCGAGAAUUGCCGCCGCACCUUAGCCAGAUUAAGGCUGUGAUGGACGACCGGGAACUGCAGACUGCUGUGCCGGCGGAGGGGAGCGGCCAGGACGCAGGGGGAGAACACGAGACAUAAACACGGGGCUUUAGGGGCAGCUUAGACUUAAGGCUAUUACAACACAAAAAACACAAAAACUAAACAAAUCCGUCGCCGAAGGCCACUCUUUUUACACGCUGGCUCCUCCGGCGCAAGUUCGACUAUUUUAUGAUUGUUUUUUUUUAAUUAAUAACUCUUAGUAUGACAUUUUUAUUUAAAACCAACCACAACCAAUCGUACGCAUCUCUUUUGUAGUUUGUUCAACGCCAACCAGCCAGAAUUCAUACGCUAACCAUACAAUACAUGUAAACAACCAAUACUUGAAAGGAAUUUUAGUAAAUACCUGAACACACACAUCCAUCGGUCGCAGCUCCUUUCUAUCCAUUCCGGAAACCCGGGGAUCAGGAUCUAGGUAGGCCGCGGUCAAUAACAAAUAAAAUUAAGGCAGUCCACAUUAUAUAUACAAACAUAUAUACAAAUACACUUUUAAAAAA